AUGGCGGCGGCGUCGCGGCGGCUGCGGGACCUCCAAUCACAGACGGCGAACAAGAUCUGCGUUGACUGCACCCAGAAGAACCCGCAGUGGGCCUCCGUCUCGUACGGCGUCUUCAUGUGUUUGGAGUGCUCCGGCAAGCACCGUGGCUUGGGCGUUCACAUCUCCUUCGUCCGAUCUGUCACCAUGGACUCCUGGUCCGAAGUCCAGAUCAAGAAAAUGGAAGCUGGCGGCAACGAUAAGCUCAACGCCUUCCUCGCUCAGUACUCCAUCCCCAAGGAGACAGACAUCGUUACUAAAUACAACACCAACGCCGCCGCCGUCUACCGCGAUCGGAUCCAGGCCAUCGCCGACGGUCGUCCCUGGCGCGAUCCGCCGGUAGUGAAGGAAAACCUCGUAGCAGCCAAAUGCAUUCUUAAUUACGAUGAAUAUGGAAAUGAAAAUAAUUAUAUUCUAAAAGAGUAUCUUUAG